AUGUCGACCAACGUACAGCGAGAGUCGGACAUGGAGACCAACGGUCUGAAGAGAAGCCACGAAGACUUCUCGGGCGAUGAGGUCACGAUAGACGACCGCGGCCUCGAUGCCGGCGUCAAGCAGCAGGCGACCGAAGCUGUUGUCCAGCCCAGCAAAGCUGUCUCCCCCGCUCCUCAGAUGCUCGACCGCGACUCGAUGUCGCCGCUGAGCAGUCCAGGUUCCCUGAGCGAUCUCGGUACCAUGACACCACCCCGCAACUCGCCAUCCCCCAAUCCCACACCCACCAAGAGCAAGUGCCCCCCAAAGCAGACCGCCGACGCCAACCCCUCUUCAUCAAACCCUCCCGCCUCAAAUCCUACGGCUUCCGCCAACCAGUCCGCCAAACGGAAGCGCCGCACCGCUGCCGAAAAGGAGGCCGAAGAAAAAGAAAAGGCCCAGAAGAAGAAGGAGCGUGAGGAGAAGAAGGAGGCUAAGCAGGCCGAAAAGGCCAAGGCCGAUGCCGAGAAGCAGGCCAAGCAGGAGGAGAAGCGCCGCAAGAAGGAGGAGGAGGAGCGCAAGGUCCAGGAAGAAAAGGAGAAGAAGGAGCGUGCUCAGCCGAAGCUCAUGUCCUUCUUCAAGGCACCUGCUACGCCCAAGAAGGAUCCAGCAGCUCCCAAGGUCAAGACGGAGAGCCCUGCCAAAGUGGCUGCCACGUCAAAUUCAGCAGCGCCAGCAGUCAAGAAGGAGGAACAAUCCGAGUACGAGAAGCGGUUCAAGCCGUUUUACGUCCACAGCACUGUUCGCUUGGCAAAGAACCCCUUUGAAAUGGACCAGGAGACGCACAAGGCCAAGACCAAGAUCUUGGGAGAAUACUUCAGCGGCAAGCGAGAGCCGGCCCACGUGGGCAAAUUCGACCCUGUCGACAUCUUUCAGCUCCCCUGCCGCCCUGCAGAGCGUGGCAAGAUCUAUCCGCCUGUCCGAUAUACCAUCGAGAAGAUGCUGAAGCUCACACAAAAGGCUGAAGGCGUCAGCGAGGAGGACAAGAAGGCGGUCAUGAGGGAGACCACAGAUGCACUGAGAGACAUCCCAGUCAAGACCCUCAGGUUUUAUCAGGACGUGCGUCCUCCUUACAGAGGCACCGUAACCCUCAAACCCUACCAAGCAGGCAGAUCAGGCAUGCGAAGGCUCGCACGGAAACCGACACUCCGCAACCAGCUCCCCCUUAACUACGAACACGACUCGGAAGCCGAAUGGGAGAGCGAAGGUGAAGAUGUCGACAUCGAAGACGAAGACGAGGAGGACCUCGACGACGGUGACGGCGACAUGGACGAAUUCCUUGACGACUCGGAAGACCAUGGCCCCGCCAGAUUUGUGAGCGCCAACGGUCUCGAACCCGAAAGCACAGGACUCUGCUGGGAGGAUCGGAAACGCAUGGGUCCCAACCGCACCGUGUACGAACAUAGGAUGGAGUUCAUCCUGGGUAAGCCUAAUCCCAUUUCCCGCUCUUAUAGCCGCGUUAACACCUGCUUCAAAGAAACCCUCGACCAUCGUUCCGGAAUCGACCCCUUUUCGACGAAAUACUGGGAGCCCGAGCCAAAGCCGAAGCCGGCUGCCCGGCCGCCCAAGGACAAGGCUGCCGCAGAGUUGUCGAAGCCGUCUGAUGCGUUCAAGGCGAUCAGCAGCCCCAAGGCUGGUGGUGGUGUACAGUCACUGCCGAAGAAGAUUUUGGAGAACAACAACCUCCAGGAGCUCAAGAAGGUCAUUGAGGCGAACCCAAAGAUCGCCAAGGGUGGUCUGAUUGACCUCUCCUAUGUUGCACUCGCUCACGCCAAGAUCUCACGGAACGACAUCAAGGAGGCCAUCGCGGCGGUUGCCGAGAAGGUCGGCGGUAAAGGGCAUGCCGGCUCAUGGACGAUCAAGCCCGGUUUCGAUCUUUGA